AUGUCAUUUACUCUAGGUAAAAGAGAAAAUGAUCAGGAGGACAAGUUUGAAGACGCCUAUGAUGUUAUACCUGUAGCAACAACAAUGAAUCUAAUAUCUUCCUUGGAAGAAUGCACAACUGGAUUGUAUUUAUUUCUAAAUAACAGAUUCUCAGAUGCAAUAAAUCUUAUUUAUCCAUGGUCUAAAAACAGCACAUACCAUGCCCUUUUGUAUGGUAUCCUUAUGGUUGUCAAAGCCAUCUUGACUUUUGACCCACAGGAUAUACAGGUUGGAAUGACUGCCGCAAAGGAAGCUUUGAAAACCUGUAACAAUUUCCGAAGAAAACCUAGGAUAAUGACUUUAUCUCGUCUAGUGAGUAGACAGGGAAUAAAGGCUAUCAAAGAGGAGGAACUGCAUGCAGAGGUGUGUUAUGCUGAGUGUUUGAUCUUGAAAGCCUCCAUAGCAUUUACACAGGAUGACAGUAUACUUAGUUUUCUUAAAAGCGGGGUCAGCAUUGGGUCAAGUUACGAAAUAUACAAAGACUGUCAACAAGUAUUAGCAGAGAUACCUAACAGCCAAAGCAAAGCCCACAAACACCUGGUUGGAGGAAUAAAAUUUGGGCUUGGAGCAUUCAAUUUGAUGUUUUCACUUGUACCACCAAAGAUACUUAAACUACUCAAUGUUGUAGGAUAUUCUGGUGAUAGAGAUGUAGGCUUGGCUUUGCUUCAUGAGAGUGCAUCUGAAACCCAUGUAAAUGAUAUUUUAAGCGUUUUUACUCUACUCUUUUAUUACAAUUAUAUCUAUGUAGCUUUUGGUGUUGAUAAGGUUUACGAUUCUGCUAGUGAGGAUCUCUUUCUAAUGUACCUCCAGAAAUUUCCAAACUGUGUCAUACUUAAAUUUUUUCAUGCACGUUUUUGUAUGCUGAAAGGAAAUUUUGAAAAUGCACAGUUAAAAUUACAGGAGUGCGUUUUUACUCAGAGUGAAUGGAAGCAGGCUCAUCACCUCUGUUUCUGGGAACUCAUGUGGUGUCAAGUUUUUCUGCAGGAUUGGAAGCAGGCUUACCACUAUGCCAAUCUACUGUUUCAGCACAGCAGGUGGUCCAAGGCAGUAUACAUGUACAGUAAAGCUAUAAUGCUGCCCUUGCUUCCUUCCGAUUUUGCGAAGUCAGUAAGUGAGGACAUGAACUCUCUCUUCUUGAAAGUGGAUACCCUGAGAAUCAAAAUUUUAGGCACUUCUGUGCCAAUAGAAAAGUUCUGUGCUGGGAAGGGUCAACGCUAUGGUACUACUACAGGCUGGUUUACAGCCCAGCCCCUUCUGGAAUUCAUUUAUGCCUGGAGUGGUUUCCGAGUCAUGAGCAAUAAAAUGGAGCUUAUUUCAAGUUGGCUCUCAAUAAUUGACAAAGGAGAAGACCUUUUACAAGAAAAUCCAAGUGAAGAGUAUGGCACAGAUGACCUAAGUUUGUUAAAUUUACUGAAAGGUCUAUGCCUGAAACACUUAGGCAAAUAUUCUAAGGCUGAGCACUACUUUAAUCGUGUCAUUCAAAAGGAGAAAUUGUUAAAAUAUGACCACUAUUUGGUGCCAUAUACUUACUAUGAACUGGGAAUUCUACAUUAUCUAAAAGGAGAUUAUUCCAGUGCAACAAAAAACCUAGACAACGUAAAAAACUACAAAGACUAUUCCAUGGAAGCCCGAUUACAAUUUAGGGCUCACAUAGCCCUUGAACAAAUAGCUAGAGAAAAGUGA